UGUUGUCAAUUAUUUUUUUUAGUUCGAGUUAGUUUCUAUCUCACUAGGUAUAAAAACAACCUGGCAAGUGUAACACUGUUAAAAGUUGUUGCUUUAUUAGUCGAGGCCGCAACUGACUUCGAAGCGUGCACAGAAUAAAUAUUGUUGGUUCUAGUGCAUAAGCCGCAUGUUGAAUUAAAAUAAGCCAUCAGCAACAACAACAGCACCACCACCAGCACAAAGCACCACAAACACGAACGCCCUUAUCAACCAUAAAAACAACAAUAAUUCAGCAGUAACAACAAAAAUAUGAAUCCCUGCGCUGUUCCCACAGCCGUUCCCGAUGUUGACGGCGACAAACGCUGGCAGAGCAUACAUCGGCGCUUCAUUUCGGAUUGCCGUGAAAAAGAUCCGGAUGUGAUAUUUUUGGGUGACUGCAUUUUUGAAACACUGCAGGACACGGAUACCUGGAACCAGUACUUUGCACCGCUACAUUGCCUUAACUUUAGUAUACGCGAUGAUCGCACCGAGCAUGUGCUCUGGCGCAUCGAAAAUGGCGCCUUGGACAAUGUCACACCCAAAGUUGUUGUCCUGCACGUUGGCACUAACAAUGUGAGUAACAGUGCGGUCGAGGUGGCUGAAGGAGUGCUCGCUAACGUCACAAAAAUUCGCCAGAAUCUCCCUGGCGCCUACAUACUGUUGCCGUCACUAUUGCCACGAGGCCAGCAACCAAAUGCGCUGCGCGAUAAAAAUGCGAACAUUAAUAGACUGGUUAAGGAACAGACCAAGGGCAUGGAUCGUGUGCAAAUUGUGGCAAUUGACAAAGGACUUGUGCAGGGCGAUGGCAGUAUAAGUCACCAUGACAUGUUCGACUAUAAGAAUCUAACAAAUACCGGCGCAAAGAAAAUUCUCGAGCCGCUGCAUGAUUUACUCUCGCAAAUACUCAAUGAAAAUGAGCUGGAACGCGAUCUCACUCCUUCCGAAUAGUUGGAAUAAAGGAUACAUCAGGGAGACUCAAGAUAGAAAUCGAAACUAACCCAACCGAUCGCUCGACCGUUUAAAAACGAAAGUAUUUAUAUUUUCUAUUUUUAAAUUGUUAAAAAGAAUCAAGCACGGAUGUUUCUUUAGCCUCUUUUUAUAUAAAAUACCCACACACAUUUGACUCAUAACUUUUAAAACCAAGAGUUUGAAUUACAUAUAUCCCCCCUCCCCUCUUAGGACUAACAUCAAAAAGUUAUUUAUGCAUAUGACUUGAAACUAUGCGCAACAGCAUCCAUAAAGCACACAAUGAUAUUUUGUAUUUAUACCUUUACACUAUAGAUAUAUUGAAAAAAAAAAAUUAAUCGCAUUACUCCUAUCCUAGCAUUCGAUUCAGCAAAAUUUACAUUCCCAAAAAAAGAAGUCUUACUAUACAUAUUCCAUAUAUAAAUGUAAUAUUUUGUAACCGCUUUAAUUUGAAUACAUUAGGCCUAACUAUGUAUGUAAGUACAAGACUCUUCUUGUAAGACACAGAUUCCCGAAGAAGUAAGAAACCUCCCGCCAGGGUCUAGUUGAUGGCAAAUCAUUGAAAGAAUUGAAAUCUGUGGCAGCUAAACUGCAAUAAAAUUUGCGACUUGUAAGUUAAUUGCAAUACAUUUAAUAUAUAUUUAUCUAAUAAAUCAACACAUGUAUAUG